AUGACACCCUCUCUUUUUGUGGAACAUCAUCUUCUCGAGUCAGACGGUAUGGAUAUCGACAUAAAUGAAGAAUUCUUUUCUCGCUCUGACAAUCGUCUUCCUACCAUCACCUAUGCCCAAUCACCCUUCUCACUUUUUCUAAACCAUUAUUUGAAUCCUUAUCGAGUUCUGGUGGACCUGGAUCCUUCGACUUUCAUGUUUCAAGACAAUAUCCUAAAUGAUCUCGACGGUACGGCUGCUACCAAUGAUACGCUUUCACAAGGAGAAAUACCAUUGGGCAGUCCAGCUAACUUGGGAAGAACCUUAUCUACUCGAACGAUUGGAAAUUCUGAUGUUAGUGAUAUAAUGUAUACUCAAAAUCAAGUCUCGGGGCCAAGCAAUGUGUCGUCAUCCUGCGGGAAUGGAAUAAUCAAUCACCAAAUUGGUCAUCUAGGGACGCUCAGAAAAAUCGUAAAUCGACCUACUACUUCUGAUAAUCGUAUACCUCCUCUAACAGGAACGAAUCUCAUUCCUCUGGGAAAUCCAAGCAGAGUCUUCAAACCAAUUUCCAGCACCACAGAGAGAAAUGGGAAUGUUUCGUACGAUUCUUCAGCGUCUUCAGCAUCUUUAACCCGAAAUCCUCCUUCCAAUCGACUUCUGUACGAUCUUCCUCGCAAACCUUGUAAAUCUCCGAAUGCGUCUUUCCAGGGACACCUCUCACAGCAACCUGUGAGCCACUGUAUACCUCAUGCCGAUUCAUCCUUGUCGUCCAUGGCAUCAUCCUCAUCCUCAAGGCAGUGGCGAGACUUGACUCCAUACGUGCCAAAUAGGACGGGCUACCAAAGCUCCCUUCCCAAUGCCAGCCCUCAGCAAGACAGCAGGAACCAAGUACCUUGGAAUCCACUAUCCCUCAUGCCUUAUCAAUAUGUCGAUUGCUAUGGCAAUUCAGCUAUGAAUCCACCAGUUCCGGUACAUCAGACUCACACCCCAAGAUUUAACUUUAAUAGACCAUACUACCCUGCCCGUCUCUCAUACAGGGACCGUCACAGAGAAAUCAAGAUAUCUCUCACUAGAGAAGAAGUACUUGCCAACGAAAGAAAGGCACAAACCAUGGCUGCUGCUAAAAGAGGUAUGACUCUACAAUCAUACUUGAUCAUGAAAGAAGCUGGUAAUGUGCCUAUUGUUCCUCCCAUUCCAGGAAAACCGCAAGGAGAAGCUCAAAGAGCAGAGCGCCUGUCCCAGCAAUCUUAG